CCGCCAACGUGGGUGGAGCCUGGAAACGCCGCGGAAGGACCAAGAAACGCACCGUUGCCAUAUUGUUGCCGAUAGAGAAAAAUCCUAAAGAAGGUAAACGUCCAACGAGAGGGGAAUGACUAGUGAAGGGGUCUCGGGGUCCCCACGAGCUGGAACGAUGCAGCCGCUCACAGGGAGCUGGACGGAGAGGGUGGAGAUUAAAUGAACAUCAAACAACACGGGGCCGAGCCCUGGGCUCUGCCCCUCACAACGGAAGUGAGUGAAUCUUAUGGCACCUGCCCCACAAGAUCAGGAGGUGAGUGUCCGAGCCCGGGGCGCGGCGGCGCCGCCAAGCGGAAGAAGAAGCAGCGGCGGAACCGGACCACGUUCAACAGCAGCCAGUUGCAGGCGCUGGAGCGCGUGUUCGAGCGCACGCACUACCCCGACGCCUUCGUGCGCGAGGAGCUCGCCCGACGCGUCAACCUCAGCGAGGCCCGCGUGCAGGUCUGGUUUCAGAACCGCCGGGCCAAGUUCCGCCGAAAUGAGAGGGCCAUGCUGGCCAACCGCUCCGCCUCGCUGCUCAAGUCCUACAGCCAGGAGGCGGCCAUCGAGCAGCCCGUGGCUCCCCGGCCCACCACGCUGAGUCCGGAUUACCUUUCCUGGACAGCCUCCUCCCCCUACAGCACGGUGCCGCCCUACAGCCCUGGAGGCUCAGGCCCUGCGACCCCGGGAGUCAACAUGGCCAACAGCAUCGCCAGCCUCCGUCUCAAAGCCAAGGAGUUCAGCCUGCAUCACAGCCAGGUGCCCACGGUGAACUGAUGACCGGGACCCAGCUGCCUCCCUGGUCUGAGAAUGGCGAAGCGGGCAGACGUGCGGGGAAACGACGUUCUGUCCCUCGUCUCCAGGACCGGCGGGUUGGGCUCUCCCGCGCCCUCUCUCCGGUCCGGACUCCCGGGCCCGAGAGGCUGCUGAGAUGCCAGGAGCCUGGCUCAGCCCCUCGUCUACAGCCGUGGGAGGCUUUGGCCCAUGACCUCUGGAGGGGUUGGGCCAGAGGUGGAGCAGGAGCCCCACACGGACUGCAUUUAUUUUGUGUAUUAAAACCUGAAAGCUUUUGUCUUUAAUAAAAAAAAAAUUGUU